CCUGUUGUAAGUUUUUCGGUAUCGGAAGUAGAGGAUUACCUUAUAUGGAAAAUGCUUAAAAUAGCACAUGACGUAUUGCAAAGGUUACGAUCUACGCACACUUCUGGAGAAAUGACCCGGAAACUGAUGCUUUCUGUCACGGAAAGCUCACGAGAGAGAUUCGAUUCGAAUUUCUUGAGAUUGAAACUGAGAUUUAAGCUUGCUUAGAUAUCAUCGCUGACCAAACUUUAAAUCAAAAUACUACUCGCGCCUUUUUUUUGAAUAUAAUUGUGACUGAAUUAAGUUCCUAGAAUUAUUUAUCGCGUUUUCGCUUGUAUUGUGAAUCGUCAUUUGAUUUCGCGACUUUAUUUUUAAAAAAACCCAGCAGUAUUUGUCUAUAUUUUCUUUUCUGUCGAGAUGCACAUCCAGGUCGAGGAGCGUGUGUUUUCUUCCAUUGCAGAUUCAAGUGGAUGUCUUGGUAGUGCGCUUGUGGCAGGUGAUUCCAACGUACAUCGUAUCCAAGCAGCGAUUCCAAAUUGGUCCACUAUUCGAUGCCUCCCAGUAUCAGGAGCAAAGUUUGUGAAUGACAAGAAGGGAUUUGUGGCAGUUCUGCAGCUUUCAUUGAAGAAGGAGUUUUACCCAUGUGUCUAUAUUCAUCUUGGCUCCAAUGAUGUUCAAGCCAGAGAGGAUGUGUUUUAUAGGAGAGUCACUGAGGUAUGUGAUAGUAUCCACGAGACGAGUCCGGAAACUGAGAUUGUUUUAUGUUCUAUUCUGCCACGAAAAAAGAAUGACAGACGAGUAUCUUCAACAUUAGCGAGAGUCUUCAACAGAUGGAUCCAGAAUGCUAACACCAUGCUAAUGGACAUUUCAGAGGCCAUCCCAUACAUCAGAUUCCUUGGAUAUGGAGCUCAGGAAUGUGCUGAUGUGUUGGGUCGUGAUGGACUUCAUCUGAGUCGUGUUGGUGGUAGACAUUGUAGUUAG